AUAAAAGUUAAAAUAUCAAAUACGAUAUGAAUAAUAUCGUAUUUGAAGAAAUGAAUAUGAAAAUUGCCUCAGUACUCUUUCUAUUUCUUGUAGUAUAUUUUAGUGAGGCAACACGAUUAACAAAGCGACGCAUUAAAAUUGAAAUAAAUGAGAAUAAUAAUAAGAAGAACGUAAGUGAUAUAGUUCAAUCAAACGAAGGGAAUUUAUCAACAGAAGAAACUGCAAAUACACAAGUAAAGAGCAGAAAAGUCAGGCAAUCUGAGCAGCCAGACGAAGAAAGAACUUAUCGUGAACUUGAGGAAAAAUGGGAAGAUGUCAGAAGAAGUAUAAGUGACGCGUAUGGUACUUUGGUUGAUAUUAUGAUUCUAUUUAAAGAAAAUACCGGCUACGAAUAUUGAAUUUAUUAUCUCAUGAAUAUCUGAAAUAAACAUAACGAACUUAAAA